AUCGAUAUCACAGGUAUGUACUUGAGGCGAAAUUGGUACCACCCCAACCUGACCUAUCCGAAUCAAGAUAGGUAUAUAGAUGUAACCCUAAUAUGCAUCUGCAUCUGGGUAUAACCAACUGCUAUGAGAUGAUCUUCUCGACGAGUUACCAUCUCCCCCUUUCUUCUCUACCAACUAGUGUGCUUUCCUUUACCGCAUACAAAACCUUUCGAAACUUUUAUUCUAUACAGCUAUGGCUCAAGACGACGUGGUAGAAGUCACAGCGCUCAGCCCUUCGAAAAAAGGCCAGCUAACUUCGUGGCGGCUCAUAGCCGUGAUAGGGAGCCUUUACCUCGGCGUCUUUUUGUUUGGGCUAGACGUCACCAUCGUCUCAGUCGCUAUCCCUCAUAUAACGACCGAGUUCGAAUCUCUACCGGACGUAGCCUGGUACGGGUCGGCCUACAUGCUGACCCUCACAGCAUUUCAGCCCUUGUUUGGUAAUCUAUACAAAUACUUCAACGCAAAGAUAGUCUAUGUGACAUCGCUCGCUGUUUUCGAAGUCGGCUCUAUCAUCUGUGCUGCUGCACCGACAUCUGCCAUUUUAAUCUUCGGGCGCGCAUGGCUUGGUCUAGGGGGUGCCGGCCUCCUCCAGGGGGCGCUUGCUGUCAUCGGCCAGACAGUCACGGUUGAUAAAGUGCCACUAUUUCAAGGUAUUGUAGUAAGUUCGAUGGCCGUCAGUGUCUGCUGCGGGCCUGUCAUAGGUGGUGCACUCACACAAUACAUAAAUUGGCAUUGGUGUUUUUGGAUUAAUCUUCCAGCCGGUGUAUGCGCUAUCACUAUCGUAAUCCUGUUCGUACCUCUCGAGCAGCAGGGCUCAAAGGAAGGAAACAGAAGCCUUCCCCUGAGCGAGAAGCUUCGACACAUGGAUUUCCUUGGACUUGUCAUGUUUCUCGGAGCGAUUUGCUGCCUCCUACUCGCGAUGACCUGGGGUGGCCAGACAUACCCUUGGGCCGACCAGAAGAUCAUUGGCCUUUUCGUUGGUGCCGGGUGCUUGAUUCUUUGUUUCUGCUACUGGCUUGUGAGGCAGGGAGAACUUGCGCUCAUUCCGGUCCGAGUCCUAAAAAAACGCUCAGUCUAUGUGGGAGCAUUGGCCCUCGUCGGGUUCGGUAUGAUUUCUGUCGUCUACGGGUAUUACCUCCCAAUCUUGUUUCAAUCCGCGCAAGGGGUCUCUACAACUGAAAGCGGGAUACGAUAUAUUGCGCUUGUUGGUCCUCAGCUAGUCGCCUUAAUUAUUAUCGGGGGAAUAGUGUCGAGAUGGGGAUACUACGUCCCUUAUAUGAUAGCCGGAAGCAUCAUAUGUACAAUUGGCGCCGGCCUUCUCACAACGAUCAAUCUCUCCACUCCUACCGUACAAUGGGCCGCAUACCUGGUGAUCACCGGCCUCGGUCUCGGCAUGGCGGGCCAGCUUCCAUACACAGCGGUACAAGCUGUUCUUACGGCUGAAGAUGUGGCAAUUGGCAAUGCAAUCAACGUGUUUUCGUUCCACCUCGCUGGCGCUGUUGGUACUGCGAUUGGUCAAGCGCUCUUGAUAGAUGGUUUACGCAUCGCAGUGCCGCGGUACACAGACGCCGUAACGCCAGACGCAGUGAUAAACGCCGGUGCUAUAGGGCUUGAGAUUGUGACCACCUCUCCUGCGGUCCUCAACGCUUUGCGUGUGGCAUACGUUGACGCUGUUCGUCGCACAAUCAUUCUAGGACUUGCAGGCAUUUGCAUGGUUGUACCGCUGUCGUGCGCUAUGGAGUGGGUGAAUAUCAAGCAAGUGGCGGAGGGAAGACUUCAGGCUCUGGAAUCGGGACCGUUGCCCGCCGAAAGAGAAGAGCUUAACAGUACGGUUGAGAAGUCGAGCAACUCUUAGAAGCUCUGCGGCCAACUAUGAUGUACUUGUAUAAUGUAAUUAUCAAACGGCGCGUCGCCAUGGCCAUCUGCGGGAUAUGCCUGUUAAUUAGUAUGUAUCUAAUUUAUUAUUAAUUGUUUUCCUAAUAUAAUCAUGUAAGAA